AUGUCUAAUGAAUGGUUACUACGACGAAAUAUUAAUGAACAAAAAUUUAUUUUGAAAUUUUGUUUUACUUUAACAUAUCGAAGUUUAUUAUUUUUUACAAUAAUAAUAAUAUUUUGUUUUUUACUUUGGUUAAAAUGGAAUUCAACAUCACUACAUACUAUUAUUGAAUAUAAAGGAAAAAUGAAUUCAAAAUCAACAAAAAUAUCAUCUAUUCCAACAUUAGCUCGUAUAAUUUAUUUAUUUCUAUGUGAAAAUCAACUUGAAGUUGAUUCAUAUUCGAAUAUAUUCCCUAGUAUAUCAGCUGAUGCUGUAUUUUAUUGUUGGCGUGAAAAUUGUAAUUCAUCUCGUUUUCGUUCGUCAAUUUAUCUUUAUAUAAAUAUAUGGUCAAGUGAUACAAAAAGAAAUGAAACAUUGAUUUCUUCUCAACCAGUAUCAUCCUUUUAUCAUAUUAAAUCUCGUAUAUUUAUUAUAAAUGAAAAAGAACUUAAUAUUAAAGAAAAAUUAACUUGGACAACAGCAAGAAAUAAAUUAUAUGAAUUAGCAUUAAAUGAAGAACAAAAGCAAGGUUGGCGUUGGUCAUAUUAUAAUUUUGCUGAUGGUGACAUUCAUAUAGCAUGCCCACUUGCUGAACAAUUAUUAACAAAAAAAACAAUUAUUGAUUAUGGUCAAAAUGAAGAAUAUUUAUUUGCUUCACAUUUUUAUGCAUUUAUUAAUUUAACAAAACUUGCAAUUGGAGAAGAAAAAUGUUUUUUACUUUUUGAUGCAUUUCUUUUUUCUAUAUCCCCUGCUAUUGCAACUGUAUCUGGUACAAGUGGUCCUAUGGCGUAUUCUGGUCUUCUUACACAAAUUGUUUAUCAUAUAGAUGCUAUGUUUAAUGCAAUACAUCGUGAUGCUGUAGCAUUUUUACUUCCUUAUUGUCCUAGAUAUGAUGGACGAAAUUGGUGGACAAGUCAAGCUAUAUUCAUUUAUCGUUCGUUAUGUCUUUAUGGACAUGUGAUUUUACUUGAUGGUAUCCAUAUAAUGAAACAAAAUCAUCGUUCAUAUCCACGUACUGGUGAUCCAUGGGCAAUGAAUGAUGAUAUGAAUUUAGUUCCUAACUAUCUUCUUCGUCUUAAAAAUUAUAUGAAACAAAGUCGUUUUGUAAGUCCGUUAGUUUUACAUCAUUACUCUGGAUGGAAUCUUCAUUUAACAAGUAAAACAUGUCGAUAUAAUCAUACAACUAUGAAACUUGAUACGUGUCUUGUAAUUGGUAAUAAUAUGAAUGAAUCAUAUUCUUUGUCUUAUUCAUGA